AUGGCUGUUUCUCCGAAACACUUCCAUCUUCCUUCUCCUUAUAAGCUUCCUCCAUCAUCUUCUUCUUUAAUCUCCACGAUUACUUCGUCUCCACUAUCUGUCACUGCUUCAACGAUUCGAGCCUCCACGAAAUCCGCUUCCGUAAGCGUCCGUUUCAGUCGACGAUCGAUCGUCAGGUACAACGAUCACGCCGGAGAAGACGAAGAAAAUUUAGAUGACGAGGAGAAGGAGGAAGAAGAUUGGAGCUUUGAAGAAGCAGUAACGCUCUUCAACCAGAGAGAUUAUUACAGGUGUCACGACGCGCUCGAGUCUCUUUGGAUCCGAGCUGAGGAGCCAACUCGAACCUUAUUCCAUGGAAUUCUUCAAUGCGCUGUCGGAUUCCACCAUCUCUUCAACAGCAACCAUAAAGGAGCGAUGAUGGAGUUAGGUGAAGGAGUAGGUAAGCUAAGGAAGAUGAAUUUCGAAGACGGACCGUUUCACGAAUUCGAGAGAGACGUCUCUGCCGUUCUUGAAUUCGUUUAUCAAACUCAGCUCGAACUCGCUGCCUGUUCAGAAGAUAUGUGUUUGACGAUGGAUCAAUCAGACAGAUCGUAUCAGCUCUUGGGUGGUUAUGCAGCUGGACAAAGCAUAUACAGCUUAGAGACUGUGGUUGAUUUCAACGAUAGAAUGUCUGAAACAAGUGUUAUACUCUUCUCUCCUUCAAGCUCCUCCUCUGAGCCAACACGUGUUAAGCUCCCGACUCUAACAGCAACCGAUAAGCAUCUUCUUGCUUUCACAGACGACGAGAGAUUCUAA